UCAAUCCUAUCUAUGGCGACCAGGUGAGCAUGCUAAGGUAACUAAUCAUGUUUUCAAGAAUUCUUUUAUUGAUUACACAGAUAUGAUGCAUUUGUUUUUGUCAAAAGAGCCAUGUGCAGAUUAUGAAGAAGCUUUGAAGCAUACAAGAAGAAAGAACAAGCGUGAGGAAGACAAGCGUUUCAAGCCACCUGAUCUGAACCUGGAAAGACAUCAGGACAUCACUUGCUUCAUCCUCAUCAAAGAAGCACCUCCAGAUGCAGCAUACAAGCUUGAUCUUCAAGAUGAGAUAGAUUUGAGGACAAAUCCUUUUCAAGAGGGAGGGGAUGAUAUGAUCAUGGACCAGUCAAACAAAGAAGAUAAUGAGAGCAUGAAUGAUCCAGCUGAUGGAGGAGCUCUAGCCAUAUCUGAAGGUCCUAUGACUCGAGCCAGAAGCAAGCAACUCAAAGAAGCCAUUGGAGGAUUACUUAAGACAUCACUGAAGCAAGAAGAGAGUCUUGGAAGAAGCUUGAUCAACCAAGACACACUUGCCAGAAUUCAAGCCAUCUCAUCUCCAAGAUAGACAUCAAAUGAGCAAGUAACAUAUGUGUGCUCUUUUUCCCUAUCUUUGGUUUUGUCCCACUGGGUUUUCCAAAGAUAGGUUUUUAAUGAGGCCAUAUGUUGCUUUCCUAUCACUCAUUUGAUGAUCUCAGUUCAAGACUUUAUUUUAAUUAUUUAUCUUUGUUGACAUG